AUGGUGGACGUAGACGUAGCCGGCCUAAGCGCCGGAACCACGCAUACCGGCGUGACCGGCGGCGGUAGCGUGCCCACUGCGCGCCGAUAUUCUCUAGGCAUUGUGCAGCCUGACGGCGGGGGUGGAGAUGCCGGCGUCGCGAAGGUUCUGAGCGCGAAAUCGGAGCUUAAAGACGCGCUGACGGCGUUUCAGCAGACGUUUGUCAUGUGUGACGCGACGAAGCCCGACAACCCUAUCAUGUUCGCCAGCGAGGGGUUUUACCAGAUGACAGGGUAUACGGCCCAAGAGACUAUCGGCAAGAACUGUCGGUUUCUACAAGGCGCGGAUACGGACAAGGCAGAGGUCGCGAAACUGCGCGCUGCAGUGUCGGCGGGGGAGAGCUGGUGCGGUCGACUGCUCAACUACAAGAAGGACGGGUCGCCCUUCUGGAACCUUCUCACCGUGUCGCCCGUCAAGGACGACAACGGGACGGUCGUUAAGUUUAUCGGCAUGCAAGUGGAGGUGACAAAAUACACGGAGGGCGCUAAGGACAAAGAGACCCGCCCCAAUGCGCUGCCCGUUUCGCUCAUUAAAUACGACGCCCGUCAGAGGGAGGAGGCGGAGAGCACAGUGUCAGAGCUGGUGGCGGAGGUGGCGAACAAGCCACUGCUGGCGGAAGGGGGGGAGGCGGAGGGCGGAACGCAGCCCCCCAAGGCGGAGGGAGAGGGGUUGGGGGGAGCAGCGGUGGGGGCGGACGGGAAGGGCAGUGAGAGGCGCAAAUCCGGGCUCAUGUCUCUGCUGUCCAAGAAGGAGCGUUUGGAGCCGGCAAUGGAGGCGGUGGAGGAGGAGGACGCAGGCGAGCACAAGGCGAGGAGGGGGCUUGACCUGGCGACCACGCUGGAGCGAAUCCAGAAGAACUUUGUCAUCACGGACCCACGCCUGCCUGAGAACCCCAUCAUCUUUGCGUCAGACGAUUUCCUUGAGCUCACAGAGUACUCUCGAGAGGAGAUUCUGGGCCGCAACUGCAGGUUCCUGCAAGGGCCUGACACGGAUCCCAAGACAGUGCAGAGGAUUCGCGAUGCGAUCAAGAAGGAGGAGGAUAUCACGGUGCAGCUGCUCAACUACACCAAGUCAGGCAAGCAGUUUUGGAAUCUCUUCCAUCUGCAGGCCGUGCGCGACAACAAGGGCAUGCUGCAGUACUUCAUAGGAGUGCAGCUGGACGCCUCCCAGUACGUGGACCCCUCCAUCCACGGGCUUCAGGAGAAGCUGGCGACCGAGGGAGAGAAGAUUGUCUUGGAAGCAGCCAACAAUGUGGAGGGUGCAGUCAGAGAGCUUGCCGACCCUGGUGCUGCCCCCGGGGACCUGUGGGCCGUGCACACGGCACCAGUGGCCGUCAAGCCGCACAAGACUGGCGACCCGGCGUGGCAGGCCAUUCAGGAGGUGAUCAAGAAGGACGGGAAGCUCAGCCUGAAACACUUCCGACCAAUCAAGCCUCUGGGCGCUGGAGACACGGGCAGCGUGCAUCUGGUGGAGCUGAGGGACACGAACCGGCUGUUCGCCAUGAAGGCGAUGGACAAGGAGGUGAUGGUGAACCGCAACAAGGUGCACCGCGCCUGCACGGAGAGGGACAUCCUUGGCCGCAUCGACUUCCCCUUCCUGCCGACACUCUACGCCUCCUUCCAGACGGCCACACACGUGUGCCUCAUCACAGAGUUCUGCGCUGGCGGCGAGCUGUACGGCAUUCUCGAGAAGCAGAAGGGCAAGCGCCUGCCCGAGGCUGCGGCACGCUUCUUUGUGGCUGAAGUGCUGCUGGCGCUGGAGUAUCUGCACUGCCAAGGAGUGGUGUACCGUGACUUGAAGCCCGAGAACGUGUUGGUACAGGAGUCAGGCCAUGCCAUGCUCACUGACUUCGAUCUCUCCUUCAGCACCGAGUGCAAACCCAAGCUGGAGUUCCCCCCCGUGCCGCCUGACUUUGAGAAGCGCAAGAAGAAAGCCGCUCAGGUGGGAUGCGGAGGAGCCAGCAAGGGCCCGUCCCCUGCAGAGCUGGAGCUGGAGCUGCUGCCCGUGCUCGUGGCCGAGCCAGAGGCGACGAGCAACAGCUUUGUGGGCACGGAGGAGUACAUUGCCCCGGAGAUCAUCAGCGGUACCGGGCACAGCAGCCCCGUCGACUGGUGGACGUUCGGAAUCUUCCUGUAUGAGCUGCUGUACGGUCGCAGUCCCUUCCGCGGGCGCAACCGCCAGCGCACCUUCACCAAUGUGCUCACUAAGGACCUCGCUUUCCCUGCUAACCCGCCGGUGUCGGACGAGGCCAAGGACCUGAUGCGCAAGCUGCUGCAGAGGGACCCAGCGGACCGCCUGGGGGCGAAGCACGGUGCCGUUGAGAUCCGAGCCCACCCCUUCUUCAAGUCGAUCGAGUGGCCGCUCAUUCGCAACAUGAAGCCCCCUCAGCUGGAUGUGCCAGUGAAGGCAAUUUCAGCAGAGGCAGAGGAGGGCCGGCCGUCGACAGCAGAGGAGAUGGACUGGGAUGAGAAUGAGGCCAGGCCACCUGGAGUGCUCUUGUUGAGGCGGUAUCCCAGCCACCACUUCAGCUGCAGCAGCCCCCUCCCAUCCCCCUCCCAUCCCCUGGCCAUCCCCCUCCCAUCCCCCUCCCUUCCCCCUCCCAUCCCCCUCCCAUCCCCCUCCCAUCCCCCUCCCAUCCCCCUCCCAUCCCCCUCCCAUCCCCCUCCCAUCCCCCCCCCAUCCCCCUCCCAUCCCCCUCCCAUCCCCCUCCCGUCCCCCUCCCAUCGCCCUCCCAUCCCCCCCCAUCCCCCUCCCAUCCCCCUCCCAUCCCCAUCCCCCUCCCAUCCCCCUCCCAUCCCCCUCCCAUCCCCCUCCCAUCCCCCUCCCAUCCCCCUCCCAUCCCCUGGCCAUCCCCCUCCCAUCCCCCUCCCUUCCCCCUCCCAUCCCCCUCCCAUCCCCCUCCCAUCCCCCUCCCAUCCCCCUCCCAUCCCCCCCCCAUCCCCCUCCCAUCCCCCUCCCAUCCCCCUCCCGUCCCCCUCCCAUCGCCCUCCCAUCCCCCCCCAUCCCCCUCCCAUCCCCCUCCCAUCCCCAUCCCCCUCCCAUCCCCCUCCCAUCCCCCUCCCAUCCCCCUCCCAUCCCCCCCCGUCCCCCUCCCAUCCCCCUCCCAUCCCCAUCCCCUCCCUUCCCCCUCCCAUCCCCCUCCCAUCCCCCUCCCAUCCCCCUCCCAUCCCCUGGCCAUCCCCCUCCCAUCCCCCUCCCUUCCCCCUCCCAUCCCCCUCCCAUCCCCCUCCCAUCCCCCUCCCAUCCCCCUCCCAUCCCCCUCCCAUCCCCCUCCCAUCCCCCCCCAUCCCCCUCCCACCCCCCUCCCAUCCCCCUCCCAUCCCCCUCCCAUCCCCCUCCCAUCCCACUCCCAUCCCCCUCCCAUCCCCUGGCCAUCCCCCUCCCAUCCCCCUCCCAUCCCACUCCCUUCCCCCUCCCAUCCCCCUCCCAUCCCCCUCCAAUCCCCCUCCCGUCCCCCUCCCAUCCCCCUCCCGUCCCCCUCCCAUCGCCCUCCCAUUCCCCUCCCAUCCCACUCCCACCCCUCUUCCAUCCCCCUCCAAUCCCCCUCCCAUCCCCCUCCCAUCCCCCUCCCAUCCCCUGGCCAUCCCCCUCCCAUCCCCCUCCCUUCCCCCUCCCAUCCCCCUCCCAUCCCCCUCCCAUCCCCCUCCCAUCCCCCUCCCGUCCCCCUCCCAUCGCCCUCCCAUUCCCCUCCCAUCCCCCUGCCACCCCCCUUCCAUCCCCCUCCCAUCCCCCUCCCAUCCCCCUCCCAUCCCCCUCCCAUCCCCCUCCCAUCCCCCUUCCAUCCCCCUCCACUGGACACGGUGGUCCUGCUGUCCUUUUGAUACCUCCCACUUCCCUCCCACCCCCCUCCCAUCCCCCUCCCAUCCCCCUCCUAUCCCCCUCCCAUCCCCUGGCCAUCCCCCUCCCAUCCCCCUCCCAUCCCCCUCCCAUCUUCCUCCCAUCCCCCUCCCAUCGCCCUCCAAUCCCCCUCCCGUCCCCCUCCCAUCCCCCUCCCGUCCCCCUACCGACCUCCCCCUCUCAUCCCCCUCCCAUCCCCCUCCCAUCCCCUGGCCAUCCCCCUCCCAUCACCCUCCCAUCCCCCUCCCGCCACCCUCGCUUCCCCCUCCCAUCCCCCUCCCAUCGCCCUCCCAUCCCCCUCCCAUCGCCCUCCCAUCCCCCUCCCAUCGCCCUCCCAUCCCCCUUCCAUCGCCCUCCCAUCCGACUCGCUCUGUUCCUCUCUGCUCUCUCUUCCUGCCUGCUCGCCCUGUUUCUUCCUGUUCACUCUCUUCCGCUGCUCAGUCUGUUCCCACUCUCACUCAUCCCCGUCUCCAACCAUGCAGAGUACAGGUCCCAGGCUCCCAGCACCACAGGCCAAGGUUGCAUGCAAUGUAG